AUGACGGCUAGUAUAAACAACUCAUCCCUUCCAGAGGGCGACAUUGACAUCGACCUUUCCCAUGAUCUCGACACAGAAAACAUCAGGAAAGUCGACAAAGAAGACGACCUCAACAUCUUUUCAGACAGCGAUAGCAUCACUCUACGAACCUCACCCACUUCAUUUGAAGAGGACUUACUUGACAUACCCGAUACUCAGACCGCAUAUGCCCUACGCAAAAGGACAGACAAAAGAGGGAAUUAUACUUUCUUGGACCAGGACACGUCCGGGAACUUUGAUCCUUCAGAGGAAAAGCGUGUCUCUAAGAAGAAUAAGAUUCACGCUGUAAAAUUCCCUAAGAAGAUUUCCGUGAAGGUGCAAGGUAGCAAGGCGAGCAAGACUAGCAAGACGCAUAAUGUCUGUAACGCCCCCAAGCCUACUAUCACCCGCAAAACCACCAAAAACAAGAACAAGGUGGAGUCUAAGACCCCUCCGUCCAAAGAGCAAGACAAAGCCGACAAACCACCCCGUAUUGUUGAGCCCCGGUACAGCAACUACCUUACUCCAGAAGCUUUGCGAAUACAACCAGUCGAGUCGCGCUCUCCAAGCCCAGAUAUCCUCGAAGACACCGCUGGAAACAGAGGCCAAGUAAUUCGGAUGAAUACUAGUUUCACACAUCCAAUUCAGUUCGGUGUCGGUUUUGGAGACGUUGAUAUCUUGGAUUGUAGCUUCUGCAAUUUGGCUGAAUUUAGCUUUGUUGGCUACUUUGAGCAAGAGGUGUACUGCAUACGCUGGGAGAGCGGGUGUGGAUAUACACACAUAGCUGGCGAUCAGACCGAGAACGAUCAAACCAGCAUGUGCCGACCGUGCGCAAUAGACAGAUUACAGAUCAUAUCGUGCGACAAUCAUAACAUUCAACGCAUAUACCCAGAUACUGUUACUACGGACUUUGCAGAGACUCUAAACGAUCUGCUUGCAGAUGAAGACCCUAAUACAAUCAGAAAACAGUUGUUACGAUGGUGCUCUAUGUGCUUUUCACCGGCAGUAUUUGCCUGCCGUGAGCAUCAAUCAUCACUGUUUUCUCCGGAUGAAGACAUCGACGGUUGUGGCCUAAGACUCUGCGCGGCCUGUGAGACAAGGCUUAGAGAGACAUUUGAGGGGAAUACAAGUGUUAUGGCUGCUACGCUGGGUGACGAGGACAAAGCUAAGGAAGACGACGAGGAUCUGCAUGGGAAGGUCAGAGCGGAUGUUGGGUUCUUGAAUGCAGAUGGAAUUCUGAUGAAGAAUCUGGAAAGCGCAACCGAGGGCGAGGAUGAGUAA